AUGUUCUGGGAAGCCCCAACAUGUGUUGUUUGUCUCACUGAGCUUUAUAAUAAUCUUUCAGCAGCUCCUUGCGGACAUGUUUUUCACUCUGAGUGUAUUGAAAAAUGUCUUUUCAGCCAAUGCAAAAAUUGCCCUCUCUGCAGAUCUCGUGUAGUCCCGAGCAAGCUGGUGCCUUUAUCUUUUAAUUUGACGGCAAAAGAACAGCCUACAAAGGUUCUAGGACUUUCUGAAGAGGAAUCUAAAAAUUUAUUGACACUUCAAAAUUUAGUGUGCAUACUUUUUACUUAGUGCGGGAUUUCCUCAGGGACAUUCCUUAGGAAUUUUUACGUCAUUAGGCAUUUAAUAGAAAUUUGACGGUUUUUUCCAUAGCAAAUAUUCCACGAGGAAAAAAUUUCCUGAAGAAACCUAGCAAAAGUCUUAAUUAAAUGGCAUGGAGCCAUAAUUUAGCUGUGGAAGCUCAAAAUGAGAAGAAAAUAUUAGAAAAAAGGCUAAAAGAAGCUGAAGGAAUGGUCGCGGGAAAGUCAGAAAGUAUUGCAGCUUUGCAAAAGAUAGUAGAAGAUGAAAGGCAUAAUUGUGGGAAAUAUCAAAAAAAGUAUGAGGAAUCUUUAAAAGAAGUCAGUCAUAGCCAAUAUGAAAUACAAAAAUAUACAGGGUUAUUUACGAAUGCGCAUAAAAAACUAUCCUUAUGAUCUAAAUAGUGUAAAAAUUACCAAUAAUUUCGUUACAAAUGUCAAUAUUCAUAUAAAUUAGCAUAAAAGAGCUCGAAUCCAAGGCAACACAAUUAGAAAGUUUAUCAAAAUUAGUAGAAGAGCUUGAAAAACAGUCCGCAUUAGCAUGGGCAGAGCACGCCAAAGAAAAUUUAUCAAUUGAGCAGCAAGCUGUACAGUUUUAUAAUGCGCUGCUUAUCACUUCGAACUCAUUAAGAAACUCAGAAAAACAAAUAAAAGAACUGAAAACUUGCAAUGAGGAAUAUAUUCAGCAGCAGUCACAAGUUAAGCGGCAAGCUGCUGCUUAUAAAAAGGAAACGGAAAGCCUUAAAAAAAUACUAGCUGACUUAGAAAGCAAAACAAAUACAAGUAGCUUAAAAGUAAGGGUAAUUUACUCUCCCCCUUUAAUUAGGACAGAAAUUCCUAUUCCAAUUUAAAGGGGGGUUAAUUUUUUUAAAAUUAAUUAUUUAGUAUGAAAACUAUUUAAAUAGCAUUAAAUUUUAAAAAAAAAUAAAUUGAGCACAAUACUUUGAAUUUUUAAUUUAUUUUUAUGAAGAAUUAAUUCGAAUAAUUAAUCGAUUUAGUGUAAAAACUGUUUAAUAAAAUUUAGCUUGCACUUUUUCCAUUAAUUUAGACCUAAUUUUUAUAGAAUUAGUAUUUUCACCUAUAAAAUUUUCCUAUUUAAAAAAUUGUUUAGGUUUUAAAUGGGGUUAAAGUACCUAAAAAGUGGGGAGUUAGAGAAAUCCACAAGACGUGAUGCAUAAUGCUUUUAAUCAAAAUUUUAGCUUUCCAAUCACAUUUCAAGACGCAAAACAGCCAAAAAAAGCACUAACUCCCCCUUAAAAUUAGAAUAAACAUCUGAAAUUUGCAUUUUUUAAGUUCUUUAAACCCAUAAAUAAAAAUGGCGCGGCGAACCAACCGAACCCUCAUAAUAUCUGCAGCUGGGGAGACCCAGGGACCUUUUGGAAGGGAAUUUUGACGUUCGUUAUGUGUAUCCGGCCAAGUUUGAUUUUUGGUUCGAAUUUUAAAGGGGGAGUAAGCUUGCUAUCUAAUAGGUCUAAUGUGUAA